UGACACGUGUCGUUACUGUGUUUCUCCACGUCAUCAUCGUCUCUCGCCCUCUCACCGUGCCUGCAAAAUGAUCAGAUGGGUGUGUGAUCAACACAGAAAUGCUCACACUCUCUCUCGUCUCCAAUUCCCGAACCCUUAAUUUCACCGGACGAAGAUCUCUUUUUGCUCUCACCAUGUCGAUGAAUCUACGGUCUCAUGCUUUUGCCGGUAACCCAUUAAGGUUAAGAACCCCGAAACCUACCGACCCAUUUUCUCCAACCUCCGCUAUCGAAUCCCUCAAAGCCCUAAUCACCGAAAUCCCCAAUCACAACAGUUCGCCAUCUCCGGAUUUCAAGGUCUUGCCGUUUAUGAACGGUCGUCCCCUGGUGUUCUCGAGCGGCGGAGAGGGUAAUAAUACGACGCCGAGUUGGCAUCUGGGUUGGGUCAGCUUCGCGGAUUGUAAGGGGUUGUGGGCGAGUUGUCGGGUCAAGCUGAGUGAGAACUCGUUUUUGUAUCUUGGGUCGAAGAAGGAGGAAGAUUUGGUGUUUUGGGCUGUUGAUGUGUCGGAGGAAAGUGGUUUGGUUGAUGAAUUCGGGAGUAGGAAACUCUAUUUCAUCGAGCUUCGGACGUUAAUGGUGGCUGCGGAUUGGGCGGAUGAACGCGCCAUGAGUGAUUUGGCCAUUGCCGGUCAUGCCAGGGCAUUGCUUGAGUGGCAUAAUGUAUCUCAGUUUUGUGGGCAUUGUGGAAGUAGUACUGUUCCGACAGAAGCUGGAAGAAGAAAACAAUGUUCAAAUGAGACAUGCAAGAAAAGGGUUUAUCCCCGUCUUGACCCGGUUGUUAUAAUGUUAGUUAUUGACAAAGAAAACGACCGGGCACUUUUAAGCAGGCAGUCUAGAUUUGUACCGAGAAUGUGGAGUUGCUUAGCCGGAUUUAUUGAGCCAGGGGAAAGCUUAGAAGAGGCUGUAAGGCGGGAAACAUGGGAAGAGACCGGUAUUGAAGUAGGAGAAGUUGUCUAUCACAGCUCUCAGCCUUGGCCUGUCGGACCGAGCAGCAUGCCGUGCCAAUUGAUGCUAGGAUUCUUCGCUUUCGCCAAAACCACCGAGAUAAACGUCGACAAGGAUGAGUUAGAAGAUGCCGAAUGGCACAGCAGAGAAGACGUGAGGAAAGCCUUGACGUUCGCGGAAUACAGGAAGGCUCAAAGAACGGCGUCGGAGAAAAUAGAGCAAAUAUGCAAAGGGGUCGAGAGAGGUAAGAAUCUAUCCACCGAUUUCAACGUGGAGAGCGGAGAGCUCGCCCCGAUGUUUAUCCCGGGGCCGUUCGCUAUCGCCCACCACCUGAUCUCGACUUGGGUAGAACACGGGUCGGAUUCAAGGUUCGGUAGGAACUGAACCCAACUUAGUUUUCUUUUCAAGACUGUAGCUUCAAUAUCAUUGACAUCGAAUUUGAAGCCAUGGAUUUGGAAUGCGAGGUUGAAUCGGAUUUUAGAUGCAUAUUUUCUUGAUUAUUUUGUUUGGGUCAUUGUUUAUACAUGUGCUUGUGUUGCAUAAAACAUAUUGUGUUCUCCACAAGUCUGAAUGGAUUUGUUUCUUGGAUCA